AUGCGGUCCCCUCGGGCGAGGGAGCUAGGAGGAUUGCGAGCCCCGCCCGCCGAGGGGGAUGACGUCCCGGACUGGCAGAGCACCGUGUCGACCUGCUCGUCGACGGUAGCCACCACGGCGUCACUGGCGUCGCGCAUAGCCUCGCUGGCGAUCGACCUGGAGGAGGAGCCCGGCAAGGCGCGGGAGUUCGAGGAGCUGGGCACCUUCCGGGAGGAGGAGGAGGAGGAGGAGGUGGUGGUGGAGGUCACGGAGGAGCAGCUCAUCCAGGCGCUGGACAACCAGGAGGACCCGUUCCAGGUGGGGGGGCGCCGCGAGUGGCGGGAGCGCGCGGGGCGCCGUAGCGUGGGAUUGCGCGAUUGUGAGCUGAACGCGGGACUCUCGCAGGUGGCGAGCUCGGCCUGGGUGGAACGCUUUCCUCGCAAAUGCUUGCACCCGAGGUGA